UGGGAAAAGGAAUCGAGAAUCAUAGAAUUGGUUAGGUUGGAUCGUCGUUGUGUUGGCGGUGUGACAGAAGAGAUAUUUUUGGUUCCCUAUACUGGAAUACAAAAUGGAAAUGGACAACCAUAUGCAACAAGAAGAGCAAGAACGACCUUUGCGUACUGGUCCACCAGAUAUAUCAGGAACAUACUCCUUGUUGGUUUUAAAUAUUUCCUUCCGCACCACUCCCAACGACUUGACCCCUUUGUUUGAUAAGUAUGGGGAAGUAGUAGAUUGUUACAUUCCAAGGAAUCGAAGAAAUGGACAUUCGAGAGGUUUUGCGUUUGUUCGUUUUCGAAAAGAAGAAGAUGCAAGAAAGGCAAUGGAGGAAAUGGAUGGAAGGGAGGUGGACGGAAGGUCCAUCACCGUUCAGUUUGCCAAAUAUGGACGUGGAGAGGAAAGGAGAGAACGAAGAAGCUUUCGGACGAGAUCAAGUCGUUCUUUCGGUGGCAGAAAUGGCGGGCCACGCUUUCGAGAGGACUCGUAUAGAAGGAGACGCAGUAGUCGUUCGCCAGAGCGUUCGAGACAUUCUCGUCGUAGGCAUAGUAGGAGUCCUCGUAGAAGACAUUCACCGAGGCGUAGCAUUUCACCACCACGCAGACGCCGCGAGGAAAGAGAUUAUUCUCAUUCCGCUAGUAACCCACGUUAUUCAGAAGAUAGGAUGAGAGAUGUGGAUGAAAAAGAAGUGGUUUAUGAGCGCAGGUGAUUGAGUAUUCCAGUGGAUAUCCCGUUGUUUGCAAAAAAUUACGUUGCAUACGUCUCACUCAAAGUGCUAUAGCUGCCUUUGGUAUCGUGCUACAUUAUAAAUGAGUACUUUGUUUGCGAGCUGUUUUAUCUUUGUUGAACCAGAAAGACUUGUUGUGUGUGGUUGUUUGCUAAUUUUCAAGUCUACUUAGCUUUCAUGGGAAGACAUUCUAAAACCAGAUGGCUAAAUGUGACUUUAUUGAACAAGAAUUACGCAGUACGACGAUAUAUACAUAUAUAUAUUGUCUGACAACUUGUAUAAUAGAAAGGAAUGUAUCUUGUGAAAACAAGAAAAAGACCUUUUCAAAUUAAAAACUCACAAAAACGA